AUGUCCCAAAUCCACUCCAAAUUCUGCUCUCCCCGCGCCACCGCCCCCACCAUCCCCUACGACAUCUCAUCCCUCGACCCUCUCCCCAUCGAGAUCCAGAACGUCGUCUACGACAAGCUGCUCGCCGACCCCAACCUUACUUUCACCCUCGCCAGCCUUUCAAAGUCCCACUACACCACUCUCAUCCCUCGCCUCUACGAGCGCGUCGAGGUGACCGAGCAGGCGGUUGAGAGGGGUUUGUUCGAGGAUCUGCUGACUGGGGCCGAUCGCUUGGAGGCUCGUGGAGAAGGGUGCUUGCCGAGCAAGAGGGAUUUGCUUGAGAACUGCAAGUCGCUGGUGGUCGCUUCCUUACCCGCUUUCGACGCGAUUACCGACGCUAUUCAGGCGUGGAAAGCACUUCUCGCAGAGCGACGCGAGACGGGUACUGUGCCCGACGAGCUUGACGGCAUCUUCAACGGCGUCACUCACUUGGCUUGGGGCCCGACCUCAUCGACGCCAUGUGCCGAGACGAAACCGAAAUGGACGAGAACGGGGUCAAUCUUGGAGACAGGCAUCACCGACGUUGCUUGUCGUUCAAGAACGUUCACAACGUCUGUCUGCGUCUCUCCUAUCCUCUCCCCAAGGCGACAUGUGACGAACUGA